AUGUAUAGCACCUGGGGCCUGCUUGUGUUGACAUGUGGGCCAGUGUUCGCAGCUGCCGUGGUGAUUUGCUUUCUUCUGCGAUUCGCAGAGAAGGAUGCCAGCUGGCUGUCCUUCCUCACUUCUGUGGCUGGGGUGACAAUCGCCAUCAGCGUGGUGGCGGUGAUGCCAUAUGAUGUAUGGCGGGCAGUGGCGGUCCAGGAUGCGGCCACUGACCCGCUGCUGCGCCGCAGCUGGGCUGCAACCUACUGGGCCACGAUGCUGCUGAGCUACGUGCUCUGCCCAAUCCUCAUGGAGUUCGAGUCCUCAGGAGACUUCACCGUGGCCGCGCGUCUACGCACCUCGUUGCGGCGGAAUGCGGUUUUCUACGCGGCUUACGGCUUGAUCAUGGUCAUCCUGUUGAUCAUCCUUAUCGUCCGGGGCGAGGUGCAGGGGGACGUGCAAAGUUGGUGCAUCGCAGCCUCCAACGCCUGGGGGAUCUUCGUGCUCACCGUGCUGAUGGGCUUCGGCCUCGUGGCCGUGCCCAGGCACUUCUGGAGCCUGGCGAAGCCCGAGAGCCUGCUGCAGGACCUCUACCGAAAUGCAGUGGUGAAGGAUGAGAUCCGCCUGUCGCGGCUCUUUGAGCUGCAGGACACGGUGGCCCAGGCGCGCGCGGAGUUGGCCUCGGAGGCCGACGCGGGCGACGUGCUGGGCGCGGCUUGCGCCACGCUGUCCCACAUGGCGGACCGCUGCGAGAGCCUCCACAUGGAGCUCAGCGGCACACGCAUCCGCGAGAAGUCGGGAGGCUUGCCUCGGCCCGCGUCUGGAAAUCUGACGCUGCCUGCGCCUUCGCUGACGCGCUUCGCGGAGGUGCACCGCUCUCUGAAGGCUGCGGCGCUGGAGGCGCGCAGGGCAUCGUGCUGCUUUGACAGCCACAUCCAGCGCUGCAUCUUUUUCGAGGAUCUAGAGCAGGGAGAUCACAGGGCAGCCGUGCACAUGCUGGGAAGGCGGAUGUCAUUGGGCGCAAGCCCUACAGGGCUGAAGUUUCGCCGAACGGUCCUGACCUUCUGGCUACGGCACGUUCGAGCCCGAGCUCUGAUGGGGCUUGGCUAUGCGUCCACAUUUCUGAGCGCGGUGGUAGUGUUGGGUCAGCUUACACUUUUUGCUGAUGGCUGGCAUCUAUCCUUGCUGUCCUUGUUCUUCCGACAAGACUAUGGUCCUUGGAUCACACAGGCGUUGUGCGUGGUGCCGUUGGCUUACAUGACCUACACUGCCUAUUUCAGCGGCUCGGAAAGCGGGGAGCUCGUGUGCACACGACUCCAGGACCUUAAAGUCUUCAGUGACUCCUUCAACGAGCCUUUGAGCGUGGCAAGGGAGUGCAUGAGCCAGGUGGAUGCGGACCUCUUGGCAGCACUCAAUCUGACACAAUCUCAGGCAAAUGAUCUCAUUGCUUCAGCUCAGAUGGUGACCUGGAAACUUUCAGCCACCGCAUGCAAUAGUCUUGAGUUGCUUCCCACUCUUCUGUGGGCGGCGAGAGGUCACGGUGAAGAAAGAGACGUGGUUAGUCCUGUUUCGGAAGUGCAUAGCAGCAUUACUGCCAUGCGCAAGGAAGCGCAGACCGUGCGUACCAGCUACAUCGAGUUGCUCAACCAGGUGCGAUACCUGGGCCAGUGCACGCAGGUGACACUGGACCAAAUCAUCAUAGCGUCCUUGCCCGUAGGCGACUUCGAGGUGAAGCCGGUGAAGUCGUCGCACAAAACGGUGCAGACGCACAGCGAGAAAUGCCUGGAGCUGGCCCUUGUGCACCUGGAUGGGGUUUGCAUGACAUUGGAGGAGUGCUCAGAUUUCUGGCUGAUGCUGCACAGUGCCGAGCUUCAGCUCCGAAAAAUCGAGAAGGAGGCUCAACAAGUCAGCAGCGCACGCUUAGACGCGGAAGGCGCUACCAUGCAUAGCUUUUGCGAAAGACUGCGCGACUUCUGCAAGGAGCACUGCGGUGUGCCGCCCGUUAGCUUCCCCAUUGUCAACCCGCUCGCUGGCAUUGGUUUGCAGGCGGGCUCGACAAACAUCCUUCGGAACCUACUCGCGGCUUUUUUGCGUGCUGCCACACUGCCAACUGCCAAGGUGUCAGAUCGGGUCGUCGCAUAG